AAUCUGUGAGAGAGAAAAAGACUGAUUUGAUAAUGGACUUGUAAUAGUGUAGUGAGAACUUUUUAAGUGUAUCAAAAUGUGGGGCGAAAGCAGUCAGAGUUGUGAAAAUAACUGCCAGUGCUCUGGGCUCAUCACAGACACAUUCACGAUCAACAGCGGCAACAGCGCCACCAAGCGGCGGCGCGAUGAGGCGCGGCUGACCAGCUUCAAGUACAAGAUGACGCCGCACAGCCUCAACCUCUCACCCAGGUCCCCGACGCCGCCCAAACGGAGGCUGGGCUCCAAGGAGAACUGCUCACCUAAUAUUGGACUCUCAUACGAGAACAGGAUAGAAUCAAGAGACUUCUCACUCACCCCGAAACCUUUCAAAAGCCAACACACAUAUGAGAACCAAAAGUCACCGUUCAAUCCAACACCAAGAAAAGCUCUCGAAGAACUCCAGAACUCCCCGUUCAAUCCGACCCCAAGAAAAGUCCUCGGAGAACUUCAGAACCAAAAGUCUUCAUUCAAUCUGACACCAAGGAAGGUUCUCGGUGAACUACAGAACUUCUCACCGACUCCGGCACCGAAAGACUUAAGCUCUCUGACCCGCUCUCCGCUCUUUAAGCUGCUAGAUACACCGGUGUUCGAGUCUCCGGUGAGCAGCCAGCGGUCCUUCAAGAAGAUCAGCAGGAUCUUCGAGGAGCGGAGUCGGUUUAAAAUGGAGAGUGAGAGGUUUGAAGAGGAGACUAGGGCUCCGUUUCAGUUUGAGCAAGAGAACUGGACUGCUACUAAGUUGGAUUUCACCGACGUCCUCCAAAUGUCAUUCAAAGAAGAUUUUAAGACUGAAGACACUUUCGUCCCAGAAAAAGAAGAAUUAGACGCAGAAUUCGAUACCCUCCACGACUUAGAGGAAGAAUUUGAUAAUGACACAUUCGAUCAAUGCAACAAGUAUGAAAUCAUCUCCACUGAUAGCCCGGAUAUCAUAUCUAGAGGCCGGAAUCCUUCAAACAGAAAAAUUAAUGGAAGCUUCGUCUUCGGAGCACCUUUAGCGGACACCGAACAGUCAACUUCCUUCAACCGCCCAGCGAGAGCCUUAAACUUUGAGGACAGCUUCGAAUUCCCUUCUCCGGUCAUCAAGAAAAGCUCAAGCUCGGGCUCGGUCAAAAAAUCACUCAAAUUCAGCGAGACGCCAACGAAGGACUCGAUGAAGCGGAUAUACACUUCGGAAAGCACUACUUCGAUGGAAAGCGGUUUUGUAUCCGAGUUCGACGACCAACUUUUAGAUAUCGAAGAAUCGAAUUCUCCUAAAGUAGCUAAUUUUGAUAAUUUGCUAUCGGGACAGAUUAAGAAUAAUGUUAUAAGUAAUGUUAAGCAGCCGUUGUAUAGGAGUAAAAGUUUUAACCCGGCCCAGAGUAAAGCGAGGGUGUCUCUGCUGUCGAUAUUGGAGUCUCCGCAGAAGAGGAGUCAGAAGAGGACGGAGCCGGCGGAGGGGGGGGAGAGUAAGAGGAGGAAGUGUGAGGAGGUCAGGCCUGUGCUGCAGCGGUGCUUCUCCGAGAAUAAUGCUUCGAUUAUGUCGGCUUUGGACCGAUCGGAUGUGAACCCGGACCUGAUCGGAGACUUCAGUCAGCCGUUCGCUCUGCCGCUGACCAGAGGCAACCACUCGGACCUGAAGAGCAUCUCAUGCGACACCCUGGCCGGCCUCAUACGGGGUGACUUUGAGAAUGUCACCGAAUUCCAGGUGAUCGACUGCCGCUACCCCUACGAGUUCGAAGGCGGCCACAUCGCCGGGGCACAGAACCUGUACACCCCCACCCAGAUCCUGUCCCUCGUCCAAGGACCGAGGCCGCAGGGCAAGGUGCUGGUCUUCCACUGCGAGUUCUCCCUGGAGAGAGGACCUAAGCUCUCUCGCUUUCUCCGCUCCUCCGACCGCGAGAAGAACAAGGAGAACUACCCCUCCCUCCACUACCCCGAGGUCUACCUCCUCCACGAGGGCUACCGCGCCUUCUACCAGCGACAUCCGGACCUCUGCUCGCCGGCCGGAUACACCGCCAUGUUGGAUCCGAAACACAGGGACCUGCUGAGGCAGCACCGCUCUGUGCAGCAGCCAUCGUCUUCUACGCAUCAUAGGAGGAAUCGGCUGCUGUUUUAGAGGAUUAUAAAGCUUGGUCUACUGGAAAGACCGAUGGUCUACUGGAAAGACCGAUGGUCUACUGAAAAGACCGAUGGUCUACGAGAAAGACCUAUGGUAUUUUGUUAAGACUAGUGUUUCUAGAUCGAAAAAAUCCACGGUCUUUCGUAAAGACUGGCUUUUCUAGCUUCGUUUACUUGAAAAACCUAUGAUCAACUGCAUAGCAUAAAACUACUGAAUGAUCUGAAAUACUACACGAUGUUGGUCUACUUUGGUGGACAAACUUUCUUCAUGGGGGGCCAGAAAGUUUAAGAAAUUUAAGUGGAGGGCCAGAAUUGUAGCCAACAUUUAUUUUGAUUUGCGAUAAUCGUGGGCCAAUGCCAUAUACUAAUUAUUUCAUAGGGCCGGCGGCGGGCCGGAUAAAAUCCAUUACGGGCCGUACUUUGCUCACCACUGGUCUACUGGAAAGAUUUGAGGUCUAUUAGUAGCAUGAGACGUCCGAGUUCAGGGGUCAUAGCCAAGGUGACAAUCAUUGACGGAAAACUCCAAUCGAAACUUAAAUAAUGUAUGGAAAUAACGUGACUUCGUAGAAUGUCCUUACGAUACAUUUUCUAUUCGUUUGGCGUUUGUCGAUGUAUGAUUGUAAUCUUGGCUAGACCCCGUUGUCGCUAAACCAAUUUUAAAUUAUUGAAAAAGGUCUGAUUUUAGAGUACUCAUUGCGUGGUCUAUUGGAAAGACUGGUCUACUGAAUAGACCGUCAGUUUACUUGGUCUUUUCAGUAGACCAUGGUCUUUUCGUUGCUUUGUCUAUUGGAAAGACUGGUCUACUGAAUAGACCGUCAGUAUACUUGGUCUUUUCAGUAGACCAUGGUCUUUUAAAGACUUAAGAUUUGGUUAAAAAUAAAGCAAAAAGACUCCUCUAAUAUAGGUCAAAAUUCUUUUCGUUGACUUGUUUUUUGUUCCCAAAAAAUGUGACGGUGUGGAGCUUUUUGUAUGGAGUGAAAUUAAGUCUUAAAUUUUUCUCAAGAGAAUUAUAAUCUACAACUGGAAAGACAUGCUAUAGCACUAAAUUUUUCUAUUUAUUUGAUAAAAGGCAAAUAGAAGCGUGACAGAGUAGUCAAAAACAAGACAACGUAAAGAAUUUUGACCUAUAAUAGAGGAGUCUUUUUGCUUUAUUUUUAACCAAAUCUUAAGUCUUUAAAAGACCACGGUCUACUGAAAAGACCAAGCAAACUGACGGUCUAUUCAGUAGACCAGUCUUUCCAAGUCUUUUGAUCGGUUUAACACUAAAUUUAAUUUCUAAUUUGUAAAUACGAAAAAUGCCAUAUUAUUGUUAAAAAAACUAAGUUUUUAGUACAAAAAUAGGCUUAAAACGUAUAUCCCACCUAUCUUAGUUACUACAUAAUGUAAGUUUUUACCAAAGAGAAUUUGAAAUAGAGGCGGCUUGUCAAACUAUAUUAUGUAGCCACAGUAAAUUUACUGCCAUCUUUCGACAGAUGAUUAAAACUGUUAGAACGCCAUUUGACUUUGAUCCUUAUUCUCUCACUGAUGUGUUAUUUGUUAAAUAUUGAAAUUAACGCCAGAUGGCGUUAGAUAUAGCUGCAUAUAUCUACUCGACAGUAGGCCAAAGGUAUGGUGCAAUCUUUUCGAGCGAUGGCGCCAUAACCUUCAGCCUACUCUCGAGUAGAUGGCGUUAAUAUUAAUAUUUAACAAGUUAACACAUAUCAGUGAAAGAAUAAUGAUCAAAGUCAAAUGACGUUCUAACAGUUUUAAUCUUCUGUCAAAAGAUGGCAGUAAAUGUAUGCUGCAUAAGGGGUCAUCCAUUAAUUACGUCACACGAAUUUCUAGGUUUUUUUACCCCUCCCCCCUCCUUGUCACACUUGGUCACAUUUGGCAAACCCCUCCCCCCUGGUGUGACGUCACAAUUCUUCAACGAAAUCGGCAUAUAUUUAUUUAAUAUUUUAUCAAAAUAUUUUUGACAAAAGAAAUAUUAGUAAUUUUGUAACCCAAAUUGAUUAAGAAAUAAAAUUAAACGAAUAAAAACGAUUAUCGUUUCAAAACCUUGUUAUUUAAAUGAUAAUUAGCGUAUAAAAUAAUUUAAAUACAUUUUCGGUUUCUGAUGAAAGUGAUGAAGUUAAAGUGACGUCACAAAGUUUAUGACUCCCCCCUCCCCCUUGUCACAACAUGUCACAUUUUCUUCACCCCCUCCCACCCCCUAAACGUGUGAUGUAAUUAAUGGAUGACCCCUAAUUUACCAUGACAGUAACCCUCUAUUUGA